AUGGUUUUGCGCACUCGGCAGAGCGUAGUCGCUGUUCAAAGAGCACUGGCCUUGGAAGAGUCCCUUGCUUGUCGUUGGAAAUCAACUUCUGCCGAUAUCUACAAGGAUGUUCUCAUUGCUGGUGGCGGUGCGGUUGGCUGCAGCUUGGCGAGGCUCCUGAACGAGCGACUUCCUUCUCUGAGUGUUGGAUUGUUGGAGGCUGGAGAUUCACCCAAACCUCAACCUUUGGCGACAGAGCGUGUUCCUCAUCCACGAUCGUACGCGCUGUCUCCAGCCUCAUUGGACGUAGUGGGAAAGUCUGUGAGCCAACAGCUGGACCUUGGAUACUAUGAUUCUAUGCAAGUUUGGCAAGCAAAUUCUCCGGCAAGUCUCACUUUCAGUUCGAAAGAUUUAGACAUUGACAAAGACCCAUAUCUAGGAGCGUGUGUCGAAGACGGACCUCUUGUCGAAGCUCUUUGGAACGAGAUUCAGGGCAAAACACAAUGCUGGACAAAGACCAAGAUUGCUUCACUGGAAUCAAGUGGUGACUCACAGGGAUUAGCUACGGUGACUACUACGGAAGGAGAAAGAAUUCAAUCAGCCCUACUCAUUGGAGCGGAUGGCGGCAAUUCGUGGAUUCGAAAGAACGUUGGUGUAUCACGAAGUGGAACAGAAUAUGAUCAGACAGCUCUUACGUUUACUGUCACAUUGAAUGAAUCCAUGCACAAACGAGCCUUCCAACGGUAUCUAACCGACGGCGGCCCUAUGGCACUACUACCAACGUACUCUGAUCGUCAUGCCGUUGUUGUCUGGAGUACACACCCCGAUACGGUCCAAAAAUGGAAGGACGCUCCACAAGAAGAGCUUGUGGCUUACUUGAAUGAAUGCCUUAUGAAGGGUCCCGAACGUGUCCCCUCUCUCCUGGAGAGACAACAAUCUUCGAAUUCUGAUGCAUUGUCAAAUAUUCUUCAUGGCGCUGAACGAGUCUUGGACACUCUACACUAUGGACUAGCAAUGGCAUCUCACCACCCCAUCCCCAAAUUCUUUGCUCCUCCUCGCGUUGAGGAGAUUGUAUCUCCAAAGUUCUCCUUCCCACUAUCCUGCUUUCAAGCAAAAUCAUACAUCAAGGGACGAGUGGCUCUGAUAGGCGAUGCUGCUCACACGGUACAUCCAAUGGCUGGACAGGGCUUGAAUCUUGGACUUGGUGAUGUCAAGGUCUUGGUGCAAACUCUCGAAAAGGCAAGCGAUGCUGGAAUGGAUCUAUCAACAUUCCUCAACGAAUACGACUCGGAUCGACGGCGAAACGUGAGCUUAUCAUUAGGAGGAAUCCACGCCUUGCAGCGAAUCUUUGGAACACAAAAUGUACCCCUGCAACAUGCCAAGACGUUUGGCAUGAACAUGAUACAGAAUGUAGGUCCACUUCGAAGGCAGCUUGCGUUGGCUGCUGCUCAUGGAGUAUCAAUAUAG